GGCGUGGUAGUGUAUCGCGGUCUUGCCGACGAACUCUGCGUCAGCCGAAAGAUAUCACUUAACUAUACCGAACCGAACCCGCCUCCCAUUCCAAAAACCUUCGAUCCCAAACCAUGACGCGACAGGAACGCCUUGAGCGACAGCGGACAAACUCUGCCACUUCCUACCACUCGAUGAGUGCGGCACGCUUCGCUUCCGACCCCGUAAUUCCUACGCCGUCGUCUCCCGGAAGUGCUGGGAGGAAUCCCAUCAACGUUCCCCCAAGACCGCGCAAUGGCAGCAGUAACGGGAGGUUCGAUAGAGAUCACAAUAUAUCUCCUGGAUCGCAUGGGGCGUACUCGCAAUCCCCUCCAUUGUCGUCGCCGAAAGCGUCCGCGUCGUCCAACUUCAGCGACCACCGAAGAGAGCUUGCUGUCCUGCAGAAUCCUCAAUUCAUAAUGCGUCAGAAUCCGCCGUCCGCGUCCCCGUCACCGAUAACCGGGCAUCAUCCCCUAAGUGGCACACCCAACUUGAACAGCAACAUCUUCGACAACAGCCAAGAGCCGUUUGCUUUGUCGCCCCUUCUGCGGCCAGGCACGGCGCCCUCCGUGGGCCCGUCGGAUAGCUAUUUUCCCGAUGAAACGCGCAGACCGUCGGUUGCUUCGGUGGUGACGAAUGCUUCUUCAAACGGGUCAAAGUCAUCGAUGGGGCGUUCUAUCUACAAGAAGAUCUUCGGAGGGGAUGAUGCUACAGGAGAGAGUCCAGGCUCGUCCGAAUCGUCGUUACCACCAAACGUUACUCCUCGGUCGCAGCAUGUUUUCACAAGGCCGGUCACACCGACGAUAUCCAGGCCACGGACACCAGUGCCUUCUUCGGAUGUCGUUCCGUUUCUCUAUCAAGAUCCAGCGGACAUCCGGCGGAUAGGCGAUGCUCCGGUUCACGAUAUCCCCAUCUCGGACAAAAGGUACGAUCCGGAAGAUGCGUCGGCUUCAACGUCGUCGUCACAUACGCACAGAGGACUACAUCUACGUGGCAGGAAUAAGAAUCGCGACAAGCAGGCCGAGAAGGAGAAGGAGAAGGAGAAGGAGCUACCCCCACGACCGGGAAGCGGCAGGGAUUCGGUGUUUGGAGAUUACCGUCGAGGGCUUAAGCUUCAUCUCGAUGGAACAGCAUCCUCGCAUUCAUCCCAGACGCGGCUCAUCCGCUCGGGCUCCCCGACGCCAUCCAUGGCUAGUACCCUAUCCGGAAACCCUCCCAGGUCACCGGGAGGAGAGGUCAACGCGAAGACGAAGGGAUUCCUGCGGAAUAAGAUCGACAAACUGAUCAAGAAGGAUAAGGACAAGGUUUACGAGAGCGAGAAGAAUUUCGAUGGUGGUGCUUCGAGCCGUGGGCCGCGGUUGCGUGCGAAGGCAUCUGAACCGGCGCUCAACACAUUCACCUCCUCGCCUGCUGCGAUGAAGAGGGGAUCCGGUGGACACAACGAAUACAUAACACCUCGUCUGAUGGAUUAUGCGUCGGUGGAACAGAUCAAAACAGCCACCAAACAGGACGGGAGGAAGGAGGGAAAGAAGGAACAGGUUGCCGGGCGCAAGGGGGGGCGGGGCAAGGGCGGACAGGAAGAAGAGACCCCUUUCCGGAUAGACACCGACUUUUCGGAUAUCGAUCAGUUCGUGAAUCGUGCGGCACCGGCCCCCGAUCCCAACUCCUCGUGGCUCGACAAUACCGAAACUCAACCGCACGUGGACAAUGCCACGUGGGAGCCACCGGAAAGUUGGGCGACCCAGGGUGUAGCACCACCCUCGGCCGAGGCGUCCGAGGCGGAGGAAGAAAACGAAUCCGGCCCCGAAGAUUCCCAGUAUUGCAUACGAGUUUUCCGUGCGGAUUCCACGUUCGCGACCCUCUCCUGCAAGGUGCAGGCGUCGGUGACGGAAGUCCUCGGUCUCCUCGGACGUAAAUCGUUUUUGCAGGACAACCUGGCUAAUUACCAGAUCGUUAUGAGGAAGAAUGGUCUUCUCCGGAUCCUUGGACCCAACGAACGACCACUUAAAAUCCAAAAACGGCUGCUGGAGCAGGUGGGAUACACGGAAGAGGACCAUUUGGAUGAGAUUGGCCGUGAAGACCAUGGCUAUCUGGUUCGGUUCACCUUCAUGAUGGCUCGAACCGGUUCAUAUUCCUUGGAUCAAGAUUCAGGUCUAAAUAAAGUCCAAAAAUUCAGUCACGUAGACCUUCAAGGAAGAAACCUGCUCACUAUUCCCAUCACUCUCUACCACAAGGCGUCCGAGAUUAUCUCCCUAAACCUGUCGCGCAAUCUCUCGCUUAAUAUCCCCAAGGAUUUCAUUCAGCAGUGUGUCAACCUCCGCAAGAUCGAGUUCACUGGGAACGAGGCCGAACGGUUGCCCGGAAGCAUCUCGUCCGCAUCGAGACUGACGUAUCUUGAUAUUUCGACCAACCGCCUGGAGGAACUGGAACAUGCUGCUUUGGAGGACCAUAUUGCCUUGGUGGCGCUGAAGAUGUCCUGUAAUCGCCUAUCAUCGUUACCUCAGUCGUUUGGGCAGUUCAAAAGUUUACGCAAUCUCCACGUUUCGUCGAACCGACUGACCGUAUUCCCGGCGUUCAUAUGUGAUCUAGUAACCCUGGUCGAACUGGAUAUCUCAUUCAACGGAAUCACGAGCUUCCCCCUCGAGAUCGGCCAGCUUUCCGCGCUGGAACGGCUCAUCGCCGCGAACAACCGCCUCACCGGCUCUCUGCCACCGACGUUUUCAAAUCUCGGAUCGUUGAAGGAACUGGACCUGCGCUUCAACUACGAGCUGCAAAACAUUGAUGUGGUGUCCGAGUUGCCGAGACUGGAAGCCAUCGUGGUCUCGCAUAACCGUGUCUCCGGAUUUCAGCAGUCGUUCCAUAAGCUCCGUGCAUUGCACCUUAACUCCAAUCCCGUCACUCAGUUCAGUCUGACAACGAUUCUACCAACACUGAAGUUCCUGAACCUGUCGAACGCAAAGAUUGCAGCUAUCAACGAGACACUGUUCGACAAGCUGCCGAAUCUGGAGAAGUUGUACCUGGAUAAGAACCACAUCGUCUCCAUUCCUCCCCAGAUCGCAAAACUGCGCAAGCUCGAGCAUCUGAGCUGCAGUAGGAACGAGUUGGCCACGAUACCGAAGGAGAUCGGCCAGCUAUCGGAACUCAAGUAUCUCGAUCUGCAUUACAACAACAUCAAGACGCUUCCCGGAGAGAUUUGGCAGAUGGCCAGUCUGAUCACGUUGAAUCUUUCUUCCAACAUCAUCAAGACCUUCCCCCAACCAGUCGCAGGCCCGGCCUUUGGCACAACUUUCAGUGAGAAUACCGUCAAGGAGAAGAGUAUUCCGGAGAAUCCCAACGAAGCGGCGGCAGACGCACUCGAAAGGCCAGAAACCGCGGAUCGCAGACCAUCACAGCAGUCUGGAGGCUUGUUGACGGCUGCCAACCUGCCCGCGCCACCGAAUGGAGUCAAGAACUCGCCGAGCAUCUACGGCCAGAGUGGCAGGAAAGCCUCCGUCAUUUCCAGGGCAAGCUCCGAUACGAUGACGAUCGCCCCGACGGUUGCCUCCAGGAAGGACUCUUCGUCGUCGGGCAAGCUGGCCAAUACCUUCGUGUAUAGCUUGAAGUACCUCUAUCUGGCAGACAACAUCCUCGGAGAUGAGUGCUUUGAGGAAUUGUCAUUGCUCGGCGAACUUCGGGUUCUCAACCUUUCGUACAACGAUCUGUACGACAUCCCGCCCCGUGCCUUGAGCAGGAUGCCAUUGCUCAGUGAAUUGUACCUUUCUGGCAACGAGAUGACGAGCUUGCCGGCGGAAGACCUGGAGCAUAUUCCUUAUCUCAAAGUCCUGCACUUGAACGGGAACAAGUUCCAAACACUGCCCGCGGAGCUCGGGAAGAUACGCAAGCUGCUGGUGUUGGAUGUUGGAAACAACGCGCUCAAGUACAACAUCUCCAAUUGGCCGUACGAUUGGAAUUGGAACUGGAACUUGGAUCUCAAGUACCUCAACCUGUCUGGAAACAAGCGACUGGAAAUAAAACCUAGUAGGGGCGAGAUGGGAGCUUCGCGUGAGAAGAGUAUUACGGAUUUCAGUCAGAUGACGAAGCUUCGCGUCCUGGGUCUCAUGGAUGUCACCCUCAUGAGCAACACGCCCGAUCAAACGGAAGACCGCAGAGUGCGACUGUCAGGGUCCAUGAUAAGAUCGAUGUCCUACGGCAUGGCUGAUUCUCUCGGACGGAGCGAGCACCUGUCGCUCAUCGAUAUGGUGGUGCCCGAUUUCCGGACUUCUCGGGAUGAGUGGCUGGUUGGACUUUUCGACGGACAAGCAUUGUCGACAGGAGGUAGCAAGAUCUCCAAGUUCCUACACGAGUCACUGGAGUUCUUCUUCAAGGAGGAACUCAACAAACUCAAGGGCGACGAGACACCGGCGACCGCACUGCGCAGAACAUUCCUGAACCUCAACAAGGAGCUAGCCUCAACGGCCAUGCAGCCUCUCGAUGACAAGGGUGCAACCAGACAUCCUUCUACUGGUGGUGGAGCGAUGCUCGGACCCAUCGACUUGAAUUCCGGAGGGGUGGCCACUGUCAUCUACAAUGCCAGCAACAAGCUCUACGUGGCAAACGUGGGUGAUGCCACAGCGGUACUGACCCGGACGGAUAGCUCGCACCAUGUUCUUACCAAGAAGCAUGAUUCGGGGAAUGCCACGGAACUGGAACGUAUCCGAGAGGCUGGUGGCUGGGUGUCACGAACGGGAAAACUGAAUGAUGUUUUGGAUACUUCCCGUGCCUUUGGGUACUUUCAUCUGAUGCCAGCUGUCAAUGCGGCUCCCGACAUUCAGGAGAUGCCAUUGGAGGGCCACGAGGAGAUGCUGAUCCUUGCCAGCAAGGAGCUGUGGGAAUAUCUUUCGGUGCAAACCGCAGUCGACAUCGCGAGGAAAGAAAAGGCCGAUCUCAUGCGAGCAGCCCACAAACUCAGAGACAUCGCCAUCGCGUACGGUGCUACCAACAAGAUUAUGGUGAUGGUCCUGGGCAUUGGCGACAUGAAGAAGCCCAAGCGGAAUCCGAAGGCGCAUCUGUCGGUGGGUCCCGGUUUCACGGACGAUGAUUUCCCAACCAUCAGGGUUACGCGCAAGCGCGGGAAGGAAACAGACAAUUCGCUCAGUCGACUCGGCGACGAGGUCAGAGCGCCAGACGGCGACCUUGCCAUGGUCUUUACGGAUAUCAAGAACUCGACGGUCAUGUGGGAAAAUCAUUCUGUUGCCAUGCGAUCCGGUAUCAGGAUUCACAACGCGGUCAUGCGACGCCAGCUACGACAAGUUGGCGGAUACGAAGUCAAGACAGAAGGUGAUGCAUUCAUGGUCAGUUUUCCGACGGCUACAGCCGCGCUGCUGUGGUGCUUCAACGUUCAGAGAGACUUGCUCGAUCAGGAGUGGCCGGACGAGAUUCUCGACUCGGAGAAUGGACGCGAGAUACAGGAUUCCGAAGGCAGGGUCAUUUACAAAGGCCUGUCGGUAAGGAUGGGUAUUCAUUGGGGUGCUCCCGUGUGCGAACCCGACCCAAUUACCGGACGCAUGGAUUACUUUGGUCCCAUGGUCAACCGCGCCUCCCGUAUCAGUUCCGUGGCGGAUGGAGGUGAGAUCACCGUCAGUUCGGACUUUGUUGCAGAGAUCAACAGAUGCGUCAGUUGCUAUUCGGCCUACCAGCAACGAGGGGAACAGACCACUCAGGCCGCCGAAGAGAUCUUUGGCGAUGCGGAGCUGGCACGUUCGGUCAUCAAGGAUCUUAGAGACCUGAGCAACAAGGGAUUCCAGAUCAAAGAGCUUGGUGAACGGAAACUCAAAGGCCUCGAAAAUCCGGAAUUUGUCUGUCUCAUGUACCCGGCUCAACUUGCGGGCCGGCUCGAGUCGAAGAGCGCGCAGAAGGCGGUUUCUCAGCCGAAACUUAGUGUGAAUCCUGAGGAGCUGUGGAAGUUGUGGGAACUCUCGAUUCGACUCGAGAUGUUGUGUUCCUCCCUCACAGCGGAGAUUCCGGGGCAUAGGGUGCAUCCCACUGAUAUGAUCGCGAAGCUACGUGAGGUCACUCCGGAACUCUUGACGGACCAGAUCAUGAUGCCGGUGUUUGAGCAAAUCGUCACGAGGAUAGAGAAUUGCAUGAGCGUCCUGUACAUCCGGAGGUUGUUGGUCCCCGAAUCCUCGAAUCCGUUGGCCAAGCCGACCUCUGCGCCCCUCUGCGAUCUCCUUGACCACCUUGAGGCACGACUUGGGGUGAAAAUAAGCGGUUCUGCCGCUGCCGCUGCCGCUGUUGCCGCUGCUGACGCCGAGGAUUCGGAGCGUCUGGCAUUGGAGGAUAUCUGUACUUCUUCAUCCGCCUCGACAUCCUCAUCUGCCGCUGUAUCGCCCACCACUGCUACACGAUCGAGCAAUUCCCGCAAGUCGUACAUACAGCUGAAUCUCCCCACCGGCACUGAGCCAUCCGGGUCGUCACUCAACAUACCGGAUUUAUAAUGGUACAUCUUCUUUAAUGCUUGUUCCUUGCAAAUCAGGGGGGUUUUCUUUUCGGACGGCGUACUGUCCGGGCUAGGACCUUUUUUUUAUUUUUAUUUCUUUCCUUUUCCUUCACGGGUGUUGAAUUUUUCUCUCUCACGGCGCCAAACGGGUUUCUUCCUUGUUUUUCAGUUCAGUUAUCUCAUGCGGAUUUUAUCUUAUUUUAUCUAUCUUCCCUUUCCUAAUACUUUUUUGUUUUAUC